AAUAUAACUUAAUUCUUGAUAAAGAUGCCCGAACUUACCGAAAUCAAGAACGAGGCUGCGCCCUCCACCUCCGCGGAGGCGAAACCCGAGGAUGUGCGCGUCGAGGACGACGGCAGCGAUAGCGACUCGGAUGGCGGUAUGCCCGGUCUGGAGGAGGCUGGAGCGGCCACCACCCAGCUGGGAGGCGGUGCCACCGGUCUGCCCAUCGACCUGGUGUCCAAGGCCAAGCAGUCGCGCGGCGAGAAGAAGGCCAGGAAGAUCAUGCUCAAGCUGGGCCUCAAGCAGAUCCAGGGCGUCAACCGGGUGACGAUCAGGAAGUCGAAGAACAUCCUGUUCGUGAUCAACAACCCCGAUGUGUACAAGAACCCUCACAGCGACACCUACAUCGUGUUCGGCGAGGCCAAGAUCGAGGAUCUGUCGCAGCAGGCCCAGGUGGCUGCCGCUGAGAAGUUCAAGGCCCCGGAGGCGGCUGGUGCUGCCGACAGCGUUGGAGCCACCACAUCGGUGGCCCCCAUUGCCGAGGAGGACGAAGAGGAGGUGGAUGACACCGGCGUGGACGAAAAGGACAUUGAGUUGGUCAUCACGCAGGCCAACACGACGAGGGCGAAGGCCAUCAAGGCACUCAAGAACAACAGCAACGACAUAGUCAACGCCAUUAUGGAGCUGACCAUGCUUUAGAGAAGGCUACAGCUGUUGCUGAACUCCUCAUUUUGUUGUUUACCCGCCUUUCGAUACACUACUACUGACCCAAAUGUUGUGCAUGCCCCACGUGGGGGCAGCAUGUUCACCAGUCGAACAUUUAAUUUUAUUUCAAAUGAUUAUUGAAUCAAAUAAAAGUGGAAUUCUUUCAGAUA